GUGGUCACUCGUUCCUGCCUGCCCGGCCGGCCUAGCCUUGUCGCCUCCGCUCACCAUCCAUAAACCCCAUUCAUUCCUUCCAUCCUCUGCUCUGCCUUGCUUGGUUGGAGAUGGGCGGAUCGAAUUCGACGGGGCGACCGCGCGCGAUGCCGCCGGUGGAGGAGGUGGACAUCGCCGCCGUCCGGUACAAGUCGCCCGCGCUGCAGGCGCCGCACCUCACCGGCUUCUCCCUCAGGGCCUUCCUCUGGCUCAUGGAGUCGCCCCUCCUCGGCCCGCUCAUCACCUCCGUCCUCAAGUCGCAAAACAACAUGCCGCAGAUGCUGCAGCAGACGGUGAUCCCCGAGCGCCCCAUGUACUUCCCGGAGUACCCACCGCAGGACCCGGAACCGGGAGUUGUGCUUGUGGGGGAUGAUAGGCACCCAGUGGAAAGAGUUCAUGAAGCACUGCAGUACCUCCCCCCGUAUGAUCCGUCAGUGCGUUGGGCUACUGAGGAGAAGCUCCCUUUCCUUUACUGGAAGAUCCGUGACUUUGCACAUGCAUACCGCUCAGGGAUCACAACCCCAUCAGUUGUUGCUGAGCAUGUCAUCGCGGGGGUGGAAGAGUGGAACAACAAGAAGCCUCCAAUGCCAAUGUUGAUAUAUUUUAAUGCAGAUGACCUGAGGAAGCAAGCUGAGGAUUCCACCAGGAGAUUUGAGCAAGGAAACCCGAUAUCCAUUUUAGAUGGGGUCUUCGUCGCCAUUAAGGAUGACAUUGACUGUUUCCCGUAUCCAACAAAGGGUGCCACAACAUUUUUUGACCAAACCCAUACUGUGGAGAAAGACGCAGUCUGUGUUGCUCGGUUGCGGAAAUGUGGAGUCAUCUUUAUCGGCAAAGCAAACAUGCAUGAGCUAGGUCUUGGGGUAACUGGAAACAAUCCAAAUUAUGGAACAGCAAGAAAUCCACAUUCGGUUGAUAGAUAUACUGGUGGUUCUUCAUCUGGUCCUGCUGCAUUAGUAUCAUCAGGAUUAUGCUCAGUAGCACUUGGAACAGAUGGUGGAGGUUCAGUUAGAAUUCCGUCUGCACUUUGUGGUAUUGUUGGUUUCAAGACAACAUUUGGGCGGACCGAUAUGACUGGGGUACUUUGUGAUUCUGGGACUGUUGCAGUUGCUUCUCCUCUUGCAUCAUCAGUAGAGGAUGUUAUGCUAGUGUAUUCUGCAAUAGCAGGAUCAAGACCCAUGGAUAAGCUUACACUUAGACCAUCACCACUGUGUGUCCCAAAUUUGCUUUCUCCUGACAACAGCAAUAUCAUGGGAUCAGUUAAAAUAGGAAAAUAUACAGAGUGGUUUCAUGAUGUUUCUGAUCGUGAGAUAUCGAGUACAUGUGAGGAUGCACUCAACCUUCUUUGUAGCACUUUUGGAUGUCAAAUAGAAGAGAUAAUAUUACCAGAGCUUGAAGAGAUGCGUACUGCCCAUGUCGUUUCGAUUGGCUCAGAAUCAUUAUGUGACCUGACUCCUCAUUACAAAGCAGGAAGGCGAACUGAAUUUACUCUGGAUACUCGAACAAGUUUGGCACUUUUUGGGUCAUUCACUUCAACUGAUUAUGUGGCUUCUCAAUGUAUAAGGAGGAGGAUAAUGCACUAUCACAUGGAAGCUUUCAAGAAGGUUGAUGUCAUUGCAACUCCUACAACUGGCAUUACUGCACCAAAAAUACCACCAAGUGCUCUGAAGUCAGGAGAGUCUGAUUAUGUUGUGUCAGCUUACCUGAUGCGAUUCGUCAUAGCUGGGAACUUAAUUGGUUUGCCAGCGCUAACUGUGCCUGUUGGUCAUGACAAGCAGGGCCUUCCUAUAGGUUUGCAACUGAUAGGUCGUCCAUGGGGCGAGGCUAGCUUACUGAGGGUGGCUUCUGCAGUGGAGGAACUAUGUCUGAAGAAGCGGAACCGGCCCUCCGCAUUUUACGACAUUCUGAAGGCCUGAAAUGCCGCUGUAUUUGUACAUAAUUCCUCUGUUAGUGAUGGCAUGGGUGACGAGGGGUCGCUGGUCGUGACUGGGAUAGAAGAUUGUUAUUCAAGUUGUCUGUAAUCACCACGAUGGGGAUGGCUGCAGAGCGCAGACCAUUAUUCCUGCUGGUAUAAUAAGCCUGACGUAGCAACAGGUCAAUUCGCGAUUUUAUUUUGACAUGGAUGUGCACAAGGACGUGUGAGGCAAAUGUUGAUGUGCGUCCCUGCUUCUUGUUUUGCAAGCAAUUCACAGUCCUCUAUUAUCAUACCGCCAA